AUGGCUUUCCUGGGGAAUGGGAAUCACACUGCCGUGACAGAGUUCGUUUUGCUUGGCUUAACAGACAACCCAGUCCUUCGAGGCAUUGUCUUCAUCAUCAUCCUGUGCAUCUACCUGGUGACCCUGUCUGGAAACCUCAGCACAAUUCUGCUAAUCAGAGUCUCUCCUCAGCUCCAUCACCCCAUGUACCUUUUUCUGAGCCACUUGGCUUUUGCUGACAUUGGCAUUUCCUCUUCUGUCACACCCAAUAUGCUUGCCAACUUCCUGGUGGACAGGAAUACCAUCACCUACCUUAGGUGUGGCAUCCAGCUUGGCUCGAGUACUCUCUUUGGAUCAACUGACUGUCUCAUUCUGGCUGUCAUGGCUUAUGAUCGUUUCAUGGCAAUCUGUAGCCCACUCCCACUGCUUUAUUCAACCAAAAUGACCACACAGGUCUGUGUUCAGCUGCUUAUAGGAUCUUACAUAGGUGGUCUUCUUAAUGCUUCCUCCUGUACCCUUUCCUUCUUUUAUUUUUUCUUCUGUGGACCAAACAGAGUCAAUCAUUUUUUCUGUGACUUUACUCCUUUAGUUGAACUCUCCUGUUCUGAUGUCAGGGUCCCCAAAGUUGUUACCUUAAUUUCUGCAAGCACUGUUCUUUUGAUCACAGUGUUAGUCAUAAGUGUCUCCUACACCUACAUUCUCAUCACCAUCCUGAAAAUGCACUCCGCUGAGGGCCGCAAGAAGGCCUUCUCCACCUGCACCUCGCACCUCACUGCAGUCACUCUCUUCUAUGGGACCAUCAUGUUCAUUUAUGUGAUGCCCAAGUCCAGGUAUUCCGCUGACCAGAACAAGGUGGUGUCUUUGUUCUACAUUAUGGUUAUCCCUAUGUUGAAUCCCAUCAUCUAUAGUCUGAGGAAUCAUGAGAUUGAGGGAGCUCUCAAGAGACAACUUGGUAAGAAAAUAUUUUCAUAG